AUGGCCGACUCCGAAGCUUGCACCUGUAUCUUUUGCAGGAUAUCCGAAGAGAGCGAGACCCCCAGCAGGAAUCGCUGUGCCUGUUGCAAGAAGACUGCGGGCGGCGAGACCCCCCGCAUGAAACGCUGCUCCAAAUGCUCGGCGACAUACUACUGCUCCCACGAGUGCCAGCAGUCUGACUGGAAACUCCACAAGAAGACCUGCUCUCCUCCAUCAACCCGUCGCUCCAACGAAACGACACCACCGACCAGUGGUUCCAACGGACCGACACUAUCAAGCAGUCGCUCCAACGGAACUACACCAAGACCAACGACAAACAACACCCCCGUACCAGCACCAACAUCCAAGGCCCUCGAAGCACACAUCGCCAAACCCUUCACCCGUCUUGACAACCAUACCUACCUCCACGGCCGUACCGAUAAGGACGUCUUCAAACUGCUCGUCGACUGCUUCCGCCUCCGCCAGACAGACAACCGCAACUUCGAAGGCAUCGCACCCAGCGACAGCAUCGACGGCAUCUACGCUCACUUCCACAACUUCCUCUGCCGCGCCGUUGCCCUGCCCGUGGGCCUCCUCCCCCCAAGCUGGAACGCAGCCAAGCUAGACGAAUGCGAGAGCUUCGGUCUCUCCGCGGAGGGCGACGCUGACUUCAGCAAUUUGAGGCGUGGGCCGGUCGGGCGAAGGGACAUCGUAGAGCACUACGGCGACGCGUGGAUGCCGAUACAGUUGAGGAUGCUGGGGCAGACGGUGUAUCAGAAGGGGCCUGGGUGCUAUGAUAGCACGAACUUGAGGCGCUUGUUGGUGCAGAGCGAGAUUUUUGACGAUGCGGAAGCGGCGGGGGAGCAGAUCAUUAUGGUCUCGCUGCAUCGUCGACGUUAG